CUCCCUCCUUCUGCACGGCUCUCCACUGGCAGUAAGCUCCAGGGCGUCUGCUCCCGCGGCUUGCCUGCCUGUCUGCCUUGCCCUCUUCACCCCUCCACCGGACAAGCCUGACAUCAAGACCCCAAUGGCUAAUGAAGCUAACCCUUGCCCAUGUGACAUUGGUCACAAGCUAGAGUACGGUGGCAUGGGCCAGGAAGUCCAGGUUGAGCACAUCAAGGCAUAUGUCACCCGGUCCCCUGUGGACGCAGGCAAAGCUGUGAUCGUUGUCCAGGAUAUAUUUGGCUGGCGGCUGCCCAACACUAGGUAUAUGGCUGACAUGAUUGCUGGAAAUGGAUACACAGCCAUCGUCCCAGACUUCUUUGUGGGGCAAGAGCCAUGGGACCCAGCUGGUGACUGGUCUACCUUCCCUGAGUGGAUAAAAUCAAAAAAUCCCAGAAAUAUCAAUCGAGAGGUCGAGGCUGUCAUGAGGUAUCUGACACAACGGUGCCAUGCCCACAAGAUUGGCAUUGUAGGCUUCUGCUGGGGAGGCGCUGUUGUGCACCAUGUGAUGAUGACAUACCCAGAAGUCAGGGCAGGGGUGUCCGUUUACGGCAUCAUCAGAGAGUCCGAAGGUAUUUAUAAUUUGAAGAACCCAACGUUGUUCAUUUUUGCAGAAAAUGAUACCGUGAUCCACUUGAGCAGGUGAGUCUCUGUGCUGACCCAGAAACUGAAGGAACACUGCAAAGUUAAUUACCAAGUUAAAACAUUUUCUGGGCAAACUCAUGGCUUUGUGCAUCGGAAGAGAGAAGACUGCUCCCCUGCUGACAAGCCCUACAUUGAGGAGGCGAGGAGGAAUCUCAUUGAGUGGCUGAACAAGUUCAUUUAACAGCACUCAAGCACACAACAGCUGUCAAUCACGUCUGCCUGGACACAAUUAACCAUCUGAUGUCUUACUUUACAUAAAAUAUAGAAAUGUUAAAAUUUUUCUGAAACAUAGCAGAAACUAAGCGAAAAAUACUUAACGCACAAUAGAAACUUUUAAUAAAUGCUCGUUACCUGAAGACUUCAAAUGAUAGUGUAACUGUAAUUAUUAGGGGAAUCUAGGGCCAUUCAGGGACCAGCUGGGUUCUCAGACGUGGCUUUACAUUGUUAACUGAAGACUGUUAAAACAAGUCAUGUGCAAAGCCAGGAAGAUCACAAGUUGUCAACUAGGUAGGUUAAACCUCCCCAGAUGUUUAUGGGCUUUGGUGAAGCUCAAUGCCGCCCAUAUGCACUUUGGUGUGAGUAGUGUUGGAAUUCAGCUCCAGCUCCCACAGACCCAAUUAUUCAAUCUAAUAAACUGACUUUUUUAAUUUA